UCGAAAAAUGGGGCUUCUGCUUCUCGUCGGCUUCGGCUUGACGGUCGGCUUGACGCUCUCGCCCGCCGCCUCCACCCACGCAGCCCGGACUGGGAGUGUCGUGUGCUCGGCCGCGCGGCCGUCGGUGGGGUUCCGCGCCUCUGACGAGUUCCGCCACGGGCACGGCGGCGACGCGCUUGCCUCGUCCAAGGCGAUCGAUGGAAGCGUUGCAAUGAUGAUGAAUGUGGAUGGGCCCGCCACCCCGUCCAAGCAGCGUCCGCGGCCCGCGGCGGGAGUGCCGCUGCCCGCCAGCCCCAGUAACACUUUCCGCUACGGCGCCGGCGGCCCCUCGCUGGCGGCGACACGGGCGAUCGAUGGUACGGUCGCGAUGAUGCACGUGCCCAAUGCGGCGGCGCCUCCGGCGAUGCCUGACGCGGAGGAGGCGCCCCCACUGCCCGCCGCCGCAGUCAUGGCACCUCCAGCCGCCUCCGCCGCCACGGCUCCUCCCGCCGCCGCCACCGCCACCACGGCACCUCCCGAGCCGGUCCCGGUGAGGGGCAGGGUGGUCCCGACGCGGUCGGCCGACGAGUUCCGCCACGGCUCGGGCGGCCAGGCUCUGGCAUCAUAUCCAGCCUGCGAUGGCAGCGUGGCCAUGGUCCAGUAGAGGCUAGAGUCUCCCGCGGGAGGGAGAUGCUAACCGUUCCAUAAAGGGAAAUCUCGCGCGUUGUGGGUGCACCCUGUAGUCUUGUGUUGUGCUGAUGUGAGCUGGUGUUUGUUGGCAGAGGGUGCGCGCUUGCUGUGUCCUGUGACCUGUGUGUCUUGUGAGCUUGGUCAUCAUCUGUCCCGCGUCCCACCCAAACAGUCACCCAUCCA